AUGGACAUCACAAAGGCGUUGAAGAAAUAUAUUCUUAUUUCUGGUAUUGGAUUUCUCCCCCUCGGUUUUGUUGUUAUUAUUUGCGAUUCUAUGACUCAUGCGGAAACAGAAGAUAGCUUGAAACCGCGACGGAGUGGAACCACAUUUUGGGUCGGAUUACCUGUAAGUUGAACGCAGAAAUAUAUGUGAGAUUGAUUUUUUAUAAAUAUUGAACAAUAAGUGUAGUUGUUUCUACGUUCGCAAGACGAUCACUUUUCCUCACAUUUCUUGUUUGAAAGAAAAUGGCAUGAUUGUAUUGGAUAACUUUCAGUACAAAAUCCCGGAUCUUCAUCCGUGCAAAUAUAAGAUUGCUAAAUAAUAAGUUAUUAUUUGACUACUAUAACUAUAGGAUUUGUUAGUAUUAUUUUCAAUGUUUAGUAUAAAUCUUCGUAAUAUAUCUUUAUUAACAAGCUUUUGUUGGGCCUUCGCUCGAAACGUCGAAAUUCUCCUUAAAAUUCUGUCGAAAUUCUCCUUGGUAGGGACCAACGAAAGCUUGUUAUUAUUGGUACUAUAUAGCUACCUACAUUGGCAGAGACGGUUCAAGAUUAGUAUUUUUUUACUUUGUUUUAGUACUUCGUGCUAGGAUUCUUCAUGAUAUAUCUUAGCAGGAAUCAGAAGAAAACGCAUGUAAGUCGAUAUAUAUUGUAUGAAUCACAUUGUCACUUUAUUUUUUAUCCUUAAUUCCAGGAUGUCCCCCCCCAAAAAGCAAAAGCUGGGUUCUAGAUUCUUAGUGAGCAUCGAAAAUUCUACGAUAUAAAUUUUGACACUAAAAGAUUAUUAAAAUUGGACUAUUUGUUUUAUUAAUGACCAGGAACUAGGCUUAAUUAACAUUUUUUAAUAAAAAUGUCGUUUUUAAUAAAAAAAGAUGUUAAGCCUUACAUUAAUAAUCUAAAAAGUCUAUUAAUAAUAACAUGAGGCUAAGAGAAAGUUGGUCUAGUAGAAACAAUGUUUUGGUUGUUUAAAAGAAAGUCUGGUUCACCAAUAGACAACUGAAAUCAUGCAUCAGCUAGGUUUGAUCAUCCCUUAUUUAAGCAGGGGUUAGACCAAUUUUAUUAUGUGUCAAAAUUCAUUUCGUAGAUUGAAUUUUCAUUGCCUACUAAUAAUUAUCUGUGUAAAAAUACGGAACACCGCCACUGAACUCUUUGGGCCACAGGUUUGUCAGUGUUCAGCUGUUAUGUGUCACCCUCAUCAAAUAAAGUUGUAUCUACCUGUGCAAAAUCACUUGCGUCGAGCUGUAUAUACUGUACAUCACCCCUAUAUUGUAUUUCCCGUCGAUAAGACAAGGUUACUUCUUUCACAAAUGAAUAUUUCUUCGAUCAGUUUAAUUUCAAACUUUUCUUUGCUUUUCAAUAGCUUUGCUAUCUCUGAACAUUCUGUUUGAUACACUUCUUUAAAUUUCUUGUGCCUUAUAUACGACCCCUUGUACUCAUUCCCCUCUUUUCCUUUCAUUUAUGUCCUGUCUCCUCCGCAAGCCCUCCACUAUGACGCAACGAGGGCCUGCAGAGGAGCCAGAUUUAUGUCCUCCACCACAUUGAACGAAAAUUUUCUCUAUUGUUUUAGGUAAAAGUAUGCAGAAUAGUGAGCAUACUCUGUUUUGUAUUAUCGAUGGUGGCUGUAGUGUUUGAAGGUCCUGAUUGGAAUUACUACGUCACAUAUAGCAACUACGUCUGUGAAAAAGGCAGUUCGAGUUAGUAUAAACAUUUGCGCACCAAGUAUACAGUUUUGUACUGCACGAAAGUUUCAGUGUAGUAUAUAGAGGGUUUGUACAUGACGUCACAACCGCCAACUUCGUUCCGAACUUCGCAAAUCCGUUGCCAAGUUCAAAAGUUCAUAAUGAAAUUCACAAACAGGUUUGUAAACUGGGCAUUUGAUUGGCUGGUUUGAUUUAAUAGCCAAUCAGAGGCUUUCUUUACAAACCUGUUUGUAAAUUUCACUAUGAACUUUUGAACUUGGCAACGAAUUUGCGAAGUUCGGAACGAAGUUCGGAACCUUACGAUGAAAAGUCAGCUGAAAUUGACUGUAAAAGAAUUUCAAUUAGACUCUUUUGUCUGGAACACCAACAUGACCGCCAUGGCUUUCGUUGAGUUGGUCCCUGGGGAAUUAGUGCAAACGCUCUAUACUACUUUGUGAAUAAUACUUUGUUCGGUAAAUAAAAAUAACUAGCUAAACGAACAGAUUUUUUGCAUUACUUACUAGUAACAAAUUUGUGCGAUACUCACUGACAGUAUUUCUCUUUCUGUCCAGGUACGUGUAAUAAAACUACAGGACUUUCAGCUCUUUUUGGAUCCAUCACAGUUGCAGCAAUUAUCGCUAUUUUACUCUGUAUCAGCAAUAUCCUCAUAUGCAACUGGCUGCUGUUCAGGGUAAUAUUUUUUUUAUUUUUCUCAAUAUGCAGUGACUUGUAGCGAUUAGCCAUGUGGCGAUUUUCUGUUGAACAGACCCUGCUGCUUAAUUUUACGCUCUUGUUUGAAGAUAAAGCAUUUCUCUCAAUCCAUUAGACAAAUAACUUAGUACCUGCUUGCAUUGUUCUUUUCAGAUGUCUGUGGAAACGCCUGAAAUGGAUUUCGAGAGACUUAAUCGAAAGCAACAAACGACAUCAACUCAGGUUACAGAAGACUCGGAGAAUAUUUUCAAAACACAAGGCUAUCACACUUGCUGGACCGACGAUAAAGAGACGAAACAACAGCCAUUAACGCCUGAAAAAGAAGCGAUUCAGGAAAAAAGCAACGAGGAUACCUUACCACUCUAGGGAUACAAUUAGAUUUUGUACAUAAAGAUGUUUGUGCAUAUGAGAACAUGAUCUUCUGAACGCAGAGUUAUAACUAAGGAUAUGUAGCUGUUUAAGUAUUACAGACUGUACAGUACGUUUAAAUAUGUUUUCUCCUAAACUGAUCAAAUGUUUCACACAUGAACAGUACUUGGAACACUGGUUUCAGUAUUCCAUGCAUCCUAUUUUAGUUAUUUUAUUCUUAUUAAAACUUAAUGGCUUUAUUUGAUAGCGCUCAUGAUGGUGCAUGAUAAUGCAUGAUCAGUGGUGAUGAUGAUCAUGAUGGUUAUGGUUGUGAUGAUGGUGUAUUGAUGGUAAUGAUAAUGCAUAAUCAGUGGUGAUGAUGAUCGCGAUGAUGGUUAUGAUUGUGAUAAUGGUGUAUUGAUGGUAAUGAUAAUGCAUGAUCAGUGG